GCAGGUCGUGGUGUCAGGCACCUGUCAAGGUGAGACCAAAUGAAAGCCUUUGCUGGAACUUUCGAAGUCCAGGACCCCAGUUGGGCCACUCCCGAGCCAUGCCAGUGCUGGCACGCAGCACUUGCGAGAGCAUCCGCUCGUUCACCUCAGAACGCUUUUGGGAAGCCAGUUCUGGUCAUCUUAGUCAUGCUGGCUACAACCUUCGGCAAGUUCCCGGCACGGAAGUCCUGCUGCCAAUUGGGGUGGGCGAAGAAGCCUCUUUGCCUGGACUAAUGGGAAGCUUUGGAGGAGUAGAGCAAUAUGAUGAUGAGGAGAGCGUGAGCUGCACUCGCUUCCUUCCAUUGCUGGACCAGCGCCGUGAUCAUGAGGUCUUUGGGGAGGUGAUUGGCCGAAUCCUGUCUGAGAAAGGGAUGGUGUCCUCGCGACGCACUACAGCUGCAUCGAUCGGGGCGGAUGUGGCAGCGGUCAAAGAGCAACAACGACGUGUGGGAGAGCGAGCUGAGCAUUUCUACAGUUGCUUCCUGGAGCGGGUCUUUGGGGAUGCUUACAAGCCCACCCGUGACUGGGUCUCAUCGGCAAGGUCGCGCGUCUAUCCUGGGUCCCGCAGCAUCGACGACUCGGCUGGCUUCGACUUUGUGAUCACCGACACCGCCCAGCGGAUCGUGCCCAGCCAGGGCAAGCGCUCGGUGAGGUGCUUUAUAGAAGUCAAAGGCUGCACCGGAAGCUUCACUGGUAUGUUCUGCUUAAGUGCGAAUGAGCAGAGGAAGAGAGACCAGAUUGCAGCCUCGAAGAAUGAUGCAAACGCCUAUGUGAUUGCAGUUGUCGACAAUAUGGAAAGCCUGGAGUUGGCGUCCAUCCGUCAUUUCCUCUGGAGUGAAGAGCUCAAGAUGAUUCAGCUGGAGGCCGAGUCCUUCAUCGCGCGGGUGGAUCCACACGCCGGAAAUGUUGUCUCCAAUGCCUUGAUGACAGCUGGAGCAUCGGCAGAGGAUCCUCCGAGCAAAGCAGCGCCGUCACGUCCAUGUGGCCGUGGCCGUCCACCAAGCUCGACAGCCACAGUCUCGGUGCCCUCUGGGAAGGUGGGCUUGGUCAUUGGCAAAGGGGGUGCUACUGUGAAAUGGAUCAUGAAUGAGUCUGGAGCCAAAGUUCAGGUGGCAGAUGGUUCAACAGCGGGCUUGUCAAGUCUCAAGAUUGAGGGCAGCAAGGAACAGAUUGAAGCGGCCAAGCAACUGAUCCAGGAGGUGGUCUACGGUCAAGCAGAUUGGCAUGAGUGGCGCAGUGGCCGUGUUUGGAAGGGCAACAGCAACGGAGGUGGUUGGCAGUGACAGAGGCUGUUGUGUGGCUACAGUAUCAGCUCAUCAUCAGGUCCUCAAAGGAUGUUGUACUACUCGUACCUGCACUUGAGGACAACAUCGUGGCCGAAGCAUCUUGUGGCGAUGCACCUUUUUUCGCCGCGGAGCUGGCCGGCGAGUGAUGGAGAAGAUUCCAGUCCAACAAUCUCAGUGACGUGUGAGGCCGGUGAGGUGCCAUGUCGAUGCCUGAAAUCAUCUUGAUGGACAACAUGCUCAGCAUAGAGAAGGUGUGCAGAGGUCGCAUUUGCGUGGGCAGAAAGGAAUUGAUUGGCGGGCCUGGUUCAGUUUUGGGCCUUCCAUUGGACAGAGGCGAAAAAUCGUGAGA